AUGGGUCAAAGUGACGGAGGACAAAACGGCUCGCAGCAGGACCUUGGGGAGCCGGCAAAGGAGGGGGACAACGGUGGAAAAAGUAGGGAGCCGAGGCCGGGGGCGGUGAGGGUUUUGAAGCGAGGGAACCAGGAACGAUACAGCGCGGGUUGUAUUGAUUGCCGGGUGAAGAGCUCCUCUAAGUUCCAUCGCUCGCCGUGGCCUGUUCUGGCUCGGGCAGAGGGAUUGGGGAGGCAUUUCUUCUUUGGGGAAGGAGCGACGGAGGGGAUUGUCUGUGCUGCGUGUUGGAAGGCUUGGAGGCGCAUCGGGGUGUUUCGACAUGAGAGCCCGGAGGUCAACAAAGGCAUACAGAUGGAUGUUAUCAACAAAGGCAUACAGACGGAUGUUAUCAACGAUGUCUUUCAGCGUGACCGCUGGCUCGCCUCGCUGGAUAAGUUCAUUGCCGCACCGCCCGAAUCUCGCCCUUUUGUUGAUGUUGAUGAGUUCUCCGAGAGCCUCGAUACCAACUGCGAUGCUCUCAUGUCACAGACAAACACGUUGUUGGGCGCAGUCGUGGAAGGCAAAAUAAAGGAUAAGUUGCACACUGUACUGCAUAUCCGUGCAUUCCUCUCCGACAUGCUACGUGGUAUCGGGAAUGGGCCACGUGCAGUCCUGUGCGGCCUUGGCCUGUGUUACCACCCUAGUAAGGAAAAGCGGCGUCGCACACAAUCCAUCGAUGCAUCUCUCGCUUCCGUCAGGAAUCGGAUAAUCCUCUCUGAGGAGGAGCCUGGCACAGCAAACCAGGUCGCUCAGAAAGCAAUGUUCAUCACCGCCCGAGAUGCGUCACCAACAUCUGUUCUGACAUCAUGGCGCGCAAUGACCGAAGGCGUAAAGGAGUUUGACUGUGAACACAAGAACAAAAAAACCCGCUCACCAUCUGCCCGAAGCAACUCGGAGAACUACGAAGAAGCCGCAAGCAAUAUGGACGUUCCGAUGGAAGAGGCGUACGACGGGUAGUCGGAUGUCACCCGACCUCGAGAAAAGCAAAACGUCUUUCAUCGGAAGUUUGCGCACAUCAACGGCUGUAGAUUUAGGACUCCACGCCGUCCCGACAGUUCCCGCUCUUCCGGAUGUAGAAGCGGCGUACUGCAAACUUACAAUGCAUGUAAUCUGGUGGAGAACAACUCUCAAUGUAGGCCACUCAACCGCAGGUCUCCAUCUGACGUCGUAGAUGUAGAGGGAAAGGAAUAUGGAGCGAGGAUCUGAAAGACUAAUCUAUGGGCGUCGCGGGAAGCAAUCGGACUUUCCAAAUCCACAGGUUUGAC